UAUUUAAAUUACAUUCUUUAAAAAAUUCAUUGUAUUUUCACCAGUCAAACUGUACCAACACAGAUGUCCCGUGCAGCGUCAAAGACUCGUCCCGAGAAAGGGCGCACCCCUUCAGUUCCUGCACAGCCUCCUCCACCAAGCCACAGUCCUGAUGUUGUCGUGGACAUCGUCCCUGGCCGCCUCACUCAGGCCAACUGGGUGUCCAUGCAGGGGCAGGAGGAAGGAGAGGAGGCGGUCAUGGAUAUCCUGAAUGAGUUACUUGGUCAUGUCAUGGACAGGUGUUAUGAUGUGUACCUUCAGAACCAGCUAGUGCCAUUCACAGUGGCCAAGGUCAGAGAUUUACUGGUUCACAUCAUAGAGUGGAACUUCCUGAAUCAGGACAAAGGGGAGGGACCAGAAGAUGCUCCCACUUGGACUGAGGACUCAGAGCCCCUGCCGUCAACAACAGAAUCCUGGGCACAAGGCUGUGUGUCUGUUAAAUAUGCCACAGCCCCCAAACACCCUCUUCAGAGAACUCCUGUUCCUCGCGUCACUAGGAAGACAGACCAACGAUCGAAUCAGAGAUCUUGGAUGACGGCCCAUCCAAGCACCUCUCCAAAGUUCUUCGGGAAAGCAAGACAAAGCAAAGAGCCUCCAGGGUAUAGGGGUUAUAAACUCCCCCUCGACCCCCCACUAAAAAAUGAGGAACCGAAGAAAAGCCUAACAGAAUCUUCCAGCACAAAGCCUUCGCUACACCGGCUACAGUCUUCGCUGCAUUCUCGAAAAGGCUCAGUGGACGACGAGGAGAAGGAAGGAGGAGGAGAGCAGGGGGAGGGCGAAGAAAGAACCACAGACAGUUCACUCCUUAAACUGGCACGCCAGAGUGAAGACUUCCCAGCCAUGCCAAGAGUAGACCCUGCCCAUCUGCCACGCCACAGAGUCUGGCCCCAGUAUGAGGUUCUGGACACAAGUCCUUCUAAGCAGCAUGCCAGGAGAACCAGGGAACCCCCAGCCGUGCCAGGAGGACGAAGACCUGACAGACAGAACAUCAGGCACGCACAAGCACUGAAGCCUCUUCUGCGCUACGGAGCCCCAUCCCAGGUCAACAGAAGAAAUGACGUGUCUGGGGCUGUCUGGUUAUCCUUGAGGGAGAGACAUAUCCUAACUGGGGGCAGAAGUGAGGGGAUUAUUCCCUUUUCUGGCACUUUGAUGCUUGACACAAUGGAGCUGGCACCAGGGGUGUCUGUGAAGGGCCCACAGGGUACCAGGAGUAGACCACUGAAAGGGAACCCAGCCCAGCUGGAACCCAGUGCAGAGUCUAGGCCCAUACGGAUCAAUGUUCCGGUGCCAGUAUUUCCCCUAGAACAGCUUACAGCUGGAGCAACUCCUCGUGUUACCCCUCUGCUCUGAACCCACAAAGCACAGUGCUACUGUGAACCAUAACAAAUUCAAAUAAAAUAUCAAUAAUUACUACAAUAAAACAUAUGACAUACUUCACACAGAUAUGACAAAUAAAGUGUAUGUUUAUUUUUUAAUAUAAUGAAUACAUAUAAUUUAAUAUCAUAAAUAUAAGUAUAUAUAUAUAUACAAAAUAUUGUUUUUUUCUUGUGAUUAACUGUUCCAUUAUGAUCCCAUAUGGCUUUG